AUGACUUCUCCAUUUGUUUUGGUGAAGAUUCUAAAACUAUAUCAAAAGGAAUAUUAUGAUGAAUACGUUUUACCUUUAUUACGUAAGCCAAAAAUAACAUUUGAUAUCAAACUUGAUGACUCGUUUUUGAUAACAGAUAUUAGACGCAAGGCUGAAAAUCAUCAGUAUAAAAACAGUUCUGAAGUAAUUGAGGAUUUAUCACGUGUAAUCCGUUUUGUAGAUUGUGGAAACAAAUACUUCAUUCAGAAAGAUUACAACAUACACGACAAAAUGAAUCAAAUAUCAUUUGUUCUUCAAUCAAACAUGAAAGAGUCACUCAAAAUGAUUAAAUUAUUUAAAGAAGAAGGUAAAACAAUAACAGCAUGGGAUGUACUACUAAAUCAAUUGUCUUCAUUAACCGUUAAGGGUGUUUGCUUUAAAUCUGAUUCCCCCGAUGUUUUCUCAAUGUUUCAUGGUUAUAAAUACAACAUUCUUGAAAAGCCUGAUUACUCAAAAAUUGAGAUGUUUAUGAAUUUCAUUAAAGAAGCCAUUUGUGAUAAUAACGAUGAAGUGUAUAAAUACCUUCUCAGCUGGAUUGCAUCAAUGAUUCAACAUCCUGGAAUCAAGAAUGAAACAGCAAUUAUUUUGAAAGGACUUCAGGGAACAGGUAAAAACAGAUUCACAGACAUUAUUUCUGAACUUCUCGCUGGUUAUUCAUGUAAAAACAUUACCGAAAUAAGUGAGCUAACGGGUAAUUUCAACUCAGUAGUUGAGAAUAAAAUGUUUCUUGUACUUAAUGAACUCAAGAAUGUAGGUGAAGACAGACUCGCAAACUUCAACGCUUUGAAAUCAAUUAUAACGGAUAAUGAGAUUAGAAUUAAUGAAAAGAAUCAACCCAGAAGAACAGCUCAGAAUGUUGCAAACUUCAUUUUCGUAACUAACAACGUUUACCCUGUCAAAAUUGAAGUUGGAGACAGAAGAUAUGUAGUUUUAAGAGUUAAUGGUAAAUUCAAGGGUCAAUUUGAUUACUUCAAGAAUUUGAUGGAUUCAUGCACUAAGGAAUUUUAUGAUA